AUGAAAGCAAAGAUAGUGUCUUUAUUUCUAAAAAGAGAACAUCUAAUUUUACUAUCUAAAAUGCUUUAGAUAACAGAGAACACAACCGAUUAAGACAUACAAAUUUAAAAAAUUGAUUCUCAAAACCAAAAAUCUGAAAAUAGAAUUCUAAAAACAGAAAGAUGGCCAUAAUAAGAUUUAGACUAUUUUCAGAAUUGUUUUCUAUAAAUAGCCAAUUUAACCUUUUCUUACUUCAAAUUUCACUUCCCAGCAAAUUCAGCUCUAUAAAUUAAAGAACAUAUAAAGUUUGUUAAUGUCGUCAAACAAAUCAAUUUUGGUGGAGUCACAAUUGAGGAGGUUUUCAAAUAACAAAGAACUCGUCUUAAUUUAGAUGUAUCCAAAAUCACUAAAUCCAUAAAACUUAUAGAUGAACCAAUUAUGCCCAAAUUAAUGAAUUCUAAAAUAGAUUUAGACUACAUUUAAACCAUUCAAGAGAAAUAUUUCUUUCCCAAGAACAAUGAUUUCAUGGCACCGUACUUAAUCCUUAAUUUAAAACUGCACAUACACAAGACAACUGCAAGACACCAAAAUAAUUAACUCUCAUCUAGCAUAACAAGUUUAGAAGACAUUCCUCCUUUUUAAUUCAUGAAUUCCAAUCUCAUCCAACCAAUCCUUAAUUAUGAAUCCUUAACAAAUAGCUUCGAGCAUAAAUUAAAUAAGCUCAUGUAAAGGAAUUCACUGGUAUAAUAUACAAUUAAAAGGUAUUCAAAUAAAAUCAAAUAAUUUGAAAUUAAGUCUGAAGAUGACCAUACAGAUACUUCUCUUAAGGAAAUUAAAAAACUAUUUUGUGUUUAAAUCAAAUAAUUAUGUGACAAAAAACUGAUCUAAAGUUAAAUUGAUACAAAUCUCAAACUUUUAAAUUCUCAAAGCUUUGUUGAUUUCUCUCCUAAAAUUACUCCCUUCUAAUCAAUCAGAGUAAUUGAGUCUCAAAUAUUUAACCAAAUAAAGGAACAAGAAUCUCAAGAAAUUCAUCCUAUAUCUAAUUAAGAGUAAUGUGACAGCAAACGUGUAACUCCAAAGGCUAAGUCCUUAAACAUAUCACAAUAGUAUCUUUAAGAUUCUGCAAUGAAAUGUGUGGAAACAUAGAAGAAUUUUCGAUUCAAUUAAAACGAAUCUUUUAAUAAAUUAGAGUAAAGAUUAAUUAAAUAAUCUCUUAAAUCACUUGAUUUCUAAUAGUCUGAAUUACUAGAUUAAAGCACUGGUAGAAAUUAUAGAAAAAUAAAUACUUAAAAGUUGUAAGAUCAAAGUGAAAAGUCAUAGUCAAAUCAUAGAUUUCAAAAUAUUCCACAUCAAACAAUUGAGCCUCCAACAUCAUAAUUUGAUAUUUAAAACAUGGAUAUCUAAAAGUCUACUUUAUCAAACAGAAACCUUUAAUAAAAAUCUCUGGAUAGAAUAACUUUAAGGCCAUUAGCUUAUUAAUCAGCAAGAUUGCAAGAAAUUAAAGAUCUCAAUCUAAAAGAGUCCUCAUUUCCAUAUAUUAAAGAUUAGCUUCCUAAUAUUGGUUUAAUCACCAAUGAUUCUCAUCAACAAAAAUUGAAAGAAUCUGAAUCCAAAUUUUCUUUAUAAAGUAAUCUGUUAAAGAGGAUAUAAUCUAAUGACUCUUUGAAAGAUAUGCUAUUGCUCUAAUAAAAAAAUUGCAAUCUGAAAAAUCUAUUAUAAAAAAAAUUGAUCUUGCUGACUCAUUCUGAGCAAAUAUUAACUACUUUGAUGUCAAAUGGAUCGAUUAGAGGAACAUAACUCUAUCAGUAAUUAUUAUAGCCAAUAACUAUCAAUUCUAAUGCUAAAAUCUUAACUCCGAAAAGUAAUAAUCUCAUAUCAAGAACAAAAUUUCGAAGAAUGCAAUAAGAAAGUAAGAUUUUCAGCCUUAAAUGA